AUCUGUAGGGUGUUCAUUCUAAUAUCUUUGUUUAAAGAAUAUUAGUGCUCCUUGUAAAAUGUCUCGCUUCGUAGUCCUCGCUAUCUUCGUCCAGGCUUGCCUGCUUCAGAUGGUUCUGAGCCAGAAUUACGGCUGCAACCAAAUCUCAUACGGCUGCAAUUCAUACGGCGGCACCGGCACCGGACAGGUGGGCGUGUCCGGCGACAUCGCCGCGUGCGGCACCACCUGCGUGACCGGCUCCGUGCCCGUGCUCGGCUCCGUUGACUUCGGUGGAUGCGUGCCCGCCUGCGGCUCCGUUUCCAUCUGCGGACAGUGCGGAUGCGGAUGCAAUUAAAUCAGGAUGCU